CAAUUUUAUCUUCUCCACAUUAUUAUAUCUCGUUUCGACUUCACCAUAAUGAAUUCAAGCAAUCACAGAGUCAUUACAUGCAAAGGUGCAGUAGUAUGGAAGUCCGGAGAGGAGUUGAAAAUAGAAGAAAUAGAAGUCGAUCCACCAAAAUCAACAGAAGUUAGAAUUAAAAUGAUUUAUGCUAGUUUAUGUGGUACUGAUGUUCUUUGUUGCAAUGGCUUUCCAAAGCCUUUGUUCCCUCGCAUUCCUGGACAUGAAGGAGUUGGUGCGAUAGAAAGUGUGGGAGAAAGUGUAAAAGAUUUGAAAGAAGGAGACAUCGUGAUGCCACAUUUCUUGGGAGAAUGUGGAGAUUGUCCCAAUUGCAAGUCCAAAAGAUCCAAUUUAUGCCAUAAAUACCCUUUAAAUUUUAGUGGAUUAUUGUUGGAUGGAACAUCAAGAAUGUCUAUUAAUGGUCAAAAAAUUUAUCACCAUGUUAGUUGUUCAACAUUAUCAGAAUACAUAGUUCUUGAUGAAAACUAUGUUAUUAAGGUUGAUCCUAGGUUACCAAUUGAACAUGUUCCUUUUUUAUGUUGUGCAUUUACAACUGGUUUUGGAGCAACAUGGAAAGAUGUUAACAUUGAAAAGGGUUCAACUGUUGCUGUCCUUGGUCUUGGAGGUGUUGGACUUGGUGUGGUAGAAGGAGCUAGACAAAAAGAAGCAACCAAAAUAAUUGGGAUGGAUAUACAUGAAAUGAAAAGUGAAAAGGCAAAGAUUUAUGGAAUUACUGAUUUUAUAAAUAUUUCUGAAAAAUCAAUUUCAGAAUUAAUUAAAGAUGCUACCGGUGGACUUGGUGUUGACUACUUUUUUGAGUGUACAGAUGUGCCUCAACUCACUAUCAAUGAAGCCAUUCAAUCAACUAGAAUGGGCUAUGGAACAGUGAUAGUGCUUGGAGCUGGACUUGUGUUAGAUUGGCAAAUGAGUUAUGUCCCUCUCAUGUUUGGUAGAACACUCAAAGGAUCAAUCUAUGGUGGCAUUAGAACUCACACAGAUCUUCCAUCUAUAAUUGACAAAUGCAUUAGAAAGGAGAUCAAACUAGAUGAAUUAUUGACUCAUGAAGUUUCAUUCAAUGAUGUAAACAAGGCAUUUGAGUACUUGAAAGAACCAAAUUGUGUGAAGGUUCUUAUCAAGUUUUGAGCUAUUCAAAUAUGCUUUACUAUAUAGUUUAUUUUCCUUCUAUGUAACAAUAAAAAAAUUUAGCAAUAAGGAUAUGAAGUUAUGAAGUUAUGAAAUGUGGAACAUAAUCAAGCUUGUAUUGUUCUUCUGUUUUUUUUUGUAGAUAUAUUCAUAGUUGUACUA